AUGAAUGGAAAAUACUCAAAUGUAAUAAUUGUUGGUGAUUUUAAUUACCCAAAUAUUAUUUGGAAUGAAGACGGAACUAUCGAGCUAAAGCAAAACUGCCAAACAAGCAGAGCAUUUAUUAAUAACUUGCAAAACAAUUAUUUACAUCAAGUAGUUAACAAGCCAAAUUUUCAAAUGGCUGUUGAUAAACCAGCAAAUAUAUUAGAUUUAAUAAUAUGCGACGAUCUAGAUUUAAUAAUUAACAUUGAAUAUGAUGCUCCACUUGGUCAAAUUACUAAAAGCCAUUACAUAUUAAAAUGGGAAAUUAACAUACUCAAUUCAUAUGAGAAAAAAUUCAACAAUAAGAGAUUUAAUUUUCGAAACGGAAAGUACAAAGAAAUGAAUCUCAUGUUUUAUAAAGUAAAUUGGGUUGAAAUCUUUGACAAAAUGAAUACAAAUCAAUGUUGUGAAUACUUUUUAAAAAUUUAUGAAAAAGCUUGGAAACAAUAUAUUCCUCGCCACUUCAAACCCACUAGUUCUAUCAAAAAUCCAUGCAUUAAUAAAAAAAUCAAGAAUCUAGUUAGAAAAAAACCAAAAGAUGUAAAACAUAAUCCAAAACGCUUCUAUGCAUAUGCACAAAGAAUAAACCAGACACAUACAAAAUUGCUAGCACUUAAAACUAGUGACAACAAAAUAAUAACUGAUAAAAAAGUAAUUGCUAAUCUACUAAAUUGUAGUUUCCAAUCAGUAUUUGUCAAAGAAAAUCAAGAUUUACCAUAUUUCAGCAAUAAAACUAGUCAUUUAUUUGAAUGUGACUGGGACCAAGAACUAAAAGAAGAUAUUAUAUUUAAUUAUUUAUUAGAACUUAAUGAAAACAAGUCACUUGGUUGUGAUAACAUCAGUCCCUAUGUGCGAAAGCAUUGUGCAGAAGGAUUAUCCAAACCUUUGUCUUUAAUAUUCAAGAAAUCGAUACAUUCAGGAAAGCUGCCAGAAUUAUGGAAAUCUGCAAACAUUACACCACUUUUUGAAAAAGGAGACAAGAAAGAUCCACUCAACUACAGACCUAUCUCCUUAACAUCGAUACCAAGUAAGAUAAUAGAGAAAAUAAUUAGAAAAAAACUGAUAAUUUAUAUAACAGAAAACAAUCUGUUAACGUCUCAACAACAUGGAUUUAUACAAAAUAAAGGGUGCCUAACAAACCUAUUAGAAACUUUCGAUAUUAUUACAACUGAAAUUGAAAAUGGUUAUCCAGUUGAUAUAUUAAAACAAAGAGUGGUAAUGGGUGAAGUUGUAUCAGAUUGGUGCGAGGUUUAUAGUGGUGUACCACAGGGCUCUGUAUUAGGUCCUCUUCUUUUUCUGUUAUAUAUCAAUGAUCUUCCCCAAUGUAUCUCUUCAAUCACAAAAUUAUACGCUGAUGAUACUAAAAUCAUAUCUGUUAUAAAAGAACAUAAUGAUCUAACUAAUAUGCAAAAUGACAUUGAUUUGUUAACUGAAGGGUCAAAUGUAUGGUUAAUGGACUUUAACAUAAAUAAAUGCAGUGUUAUGCACAUUGGAAGAAAAAAUAUUAACUAUAACUACACUAUAAAGCACGACAAUCAAAGUUUUCUUCUAAAAACAACAACAAAAGAACUAGACUUGGGUGUAAUAGUUUCAUCCAAUAUGAAAUGGAAUCAUCAGGUUCAAGUAGCUACAAGUAAAGCACAAAGAAUCUUAUGUUUAAUUAGAAAAAGCUUUACUUAUCUUAACACUGAAAUGCAAUAUCGUAGGUGUGCUAAUGUUCUUGUGCUAAAACUGUUCCAUAAGGAAGCAUUAUAUAUACAUAUACAAUGUGAUUGGAAUGGUCUUACUUUGACUAGGCUUGAACACGUGUAA